AUGCUGUGGGCAUGUUUCGCAAGUGCUCUCGCUGCCUUUGCUGACUGCAGUGACAAUAUACUGAUGUUGUUCAGUCUCUUGUUUCCCUUCCUUUUAGAAUAUGCCGCAAUAAACUCCAUGCUGGACCAGAUCAACUCCUGCUUGGAUCACCUAGAGGAGAAGAAUGAUUAUCUCCACGCCUGCUUGAAAGAACUGCUGGAGUCUAACCGCCAGACCCGCCUGGAGUUCCAGCAGCAGAGCGAGCAGCAGAACACAGAAGCUGAUGUGCAGGGAUCUCAGCCUCCUGCCUAG